UGAUGAGUAUGGCUGAAGGUAACGCUUAUUUCUAGGUAGUCUAAUGGAAGGAAAAGAAGAUUCGCAUAAGACCCCACUUGAAAUAAGGACUCCUACACCAGGAGAGAAAAGAGAUAUAAAAGAUAAUGCUUUAAGUGAUGCUAGCAGUGACUCAGACAAAGACAAGAAGAGAAUGAAAUAGAAAACUCAAGAAAUAUAUAAAAACAGAAAACGAAGAAGAGGUUAUUCAUAAGGAUGACCUCCCUAAAAUUCUGCCAAAAGUUAAUAAGAUCCUUAACAAAAAGAUCAAGAUUGAUGAUAUUAAUGACACCUUCAAAGGGACCUCCAUAGAUUUUGAUAUCUUUUAUGAAGUCCUGAUGAGCAUAGCUGAAGAACAACCUGAUGCGAUUGAGAUUGAUGACACAGACAAGAAGGAAGAGACUAAGAAAAGUAACAAAUAAAGAUAAGCCAAAAAAUCCAAAAUCUGAUCCUAAAUCUGUUGAAUUUACUCAGAACUUGAUAACAACUAUUAGCAACUAUGAAUCUCUUAUUUGAUCUUUGGGUAAAGAUGAUCCAAUGAGAGAGGCUUAUGCUGGAGUUAUCAAUUCUCUUAAGCAACAGUUAGUCAAUGCCACCAAGUCUAAGAAGUCAGUAUCUUCAGAGAAACAGCUGCCUGUGAAUAAGAGUCUGAAUCAGCUUUCAGUCUCAGCAAUAUUUCACCAUCCGAACAAAGAUGAGAGUUUUCAAGAGAAAGAGAUGGAUAAAAGCCUAGAAAAUGCUCUAAACGUAAGCUCUGGUCUAGAGAAGAAGCGGAGCAUAUCUCCUGUGCCUCUACCUGAGGAAGACUCAGAUGUAAGCAGUGAAGAUUACGAGUCAGAACUUGAAGAGAUUUACACAGCUUACAGCAACCAGUUCAUUCGGGAUGAAAAUUACAAUCUCUUUGAAGCCCAAUACUCUGCUAAGAAAGGGAUUAAUGUUGGCAAGUUUGGGAGAUUCUGUGCAGAUUUCAAAUGAAAUUUACCAAAUAGGAAAGUGACAAAGAUCUUCAACAAAUUCGUGUUCUCAUCAAGAAGAAACACAACAAAUUCUGAGUUCAAAAUGAGUUUCCCAAUUUUCAAAAAUGCUGUGAAGUACAUCCCCGUCGCUGAGCGGGAGAUUAAACUGGAAGAUGCCAAAUUCCAGUGGAGAAAGAUAAAACUUAAACUAGAGGAAGGAGUCUCCAGUCCUACGAAGAAAGAUCACCUGCAACAGCAGAAGAAAGAAUAUCAAAAACAAAUCACACAGUUAAAGAAUAUCAAGAAUGAAGAAAAAGAAUAUAAAAAAUUUCUUAAAAGGAUUGGCAUCACUAAGUCAAAGAACUACCGCCAUAAGAUUAUUGAUGCCCAUCAACCCUUCAUGAUGAAACGAGACGGAUCAAGAAUUCCAGCUGAAAAGCAGGAGAGUAGGAUGGAGAAGAUCGCAGUGCUCCAUUCCAAACUAAAGCAUCUCUACGAGGAGAGAUACGGGAAAAAAUAAGGCCAAGAAGAUCCUCCUCAAUCACAACAUGCUGCAAAGACUAAAGGAAAUCAAGAAUUUUUAAGAAAGAUGCCUCUUACAAGAAGAGGAAACUAGAGAAUAAGGAAGAAGAGGUUAAAUAUAUUGACCAGCUGGUCACCUUAGCUACUCUUACUAAGAGCGACUUCGCUAAGUUCAUGCAACCUAGAGAUAAGCAAGAAAUUGUAGAAGAUAUUGACUCCUUUCUAACAGAUACUCUUGGCUAUGAGAAGAACGAACCCUUCGACACAACGGAUGGGUUCAAGUCCUUCCCACCUAUUGGUAAGAAAUCUGACAGAAAGAAGAAAGGCAUACUCAGGUUUGAUGUCAAGAGCCGCAUUAGAGAAGUCAAUGAGGAUACUGAAUACGAUAAAUCAGAGAUCAUGACCAUGGUUAGUGGUAAAGAUGCCAAGUCUAUUAAGACUACAGAUCAAGAUAACACAACUGAGGUUGAGAGAUCGACCUUUGGAGGUAGAAAGCAAACAAAGAUGCGUAUCUCUAAGGAUCAGAUUAAAAAGAGUCGUAAUGCAGGCAAGGAUCUUAGUCUUGGCAAGCAUAAGACUCAAAAAUUACCUAAUGUCAAGAAUAGUUCUAGUUCAAAAUUUUUGGAUAAGUCAAAAAGAGAUCAAAGAUCUAUGUCUAAAUCAAAAUCUAAGUCUAAAAAGAAGUUAUCUCAGUUAGCGAUUACAGAUGGGUCUAAAUUUCCUUCCAAAAGGCAGAUGUUAUCUGUUAAGAAUCAUCCUGUGGGGAACAAGACUUCAAGAAUGUUUGCACCAAAGCUUAAUAAAGAUCUUCCGAUUUCUCCAAGACAACAAAGACUAAUGAAAAAGCCAUAUGGAAGGUAUAAAAGCUCAAAACCUCCAAGUGAGCAUCAAAGUGAGGAAGAAGAGGAGCCAGAAACACCUGCAUCUUCUGAAGAAAUUCCUGUCCUACCAGAUAUUCAACAAAGCUCCCAAAUAGUCGCUCUAUUAAGUUCAAGACUGGAUAAGACUGAGAAGUACAGUAACGUAAUAGAGAACCUGAAUAAGAUCAAGGGGAAGCCGAACAGGUCAUUCUACCAGCAAUGAAUAAAAACCCAAAAAGAUAUUGAUAAGCCUAAGGUAACGAAGUCUUCAGGUUUUGGGAAAUAUGAUAAAGAGGAUUAUAAAUAA